CGGCGGCCGUGAUGACGAUGGCCGGGCCAGGAGGAAGCAAAGGGGCCCGGCUGGGCGCUGCACUGCUCGGGGCUCGGCUGAGCGGGACAGAGCAAGGCCAAGGCCGGCCGGCAGCCACAGCCAUGGCUGAGGCCGAGGACAGGAGCAUUCAUACGCAGCACAUCUCGGCCGUGCACAACGUGCCCAUGCGUGUCCUCAUCCGGCCCAUCCCGGCAGAGCUGGAGCCGGGGAAGGUGCAGAGCCUGAUGGAGACCCUGCAGGAGGAUCCUGAGCGGGUGCCCCCCAUCGACGUGCUCUGGAUCAAAGGCAGUGAGGGCGGCGAUUACUUCUACUCCUUCGGGGGCUGCCACCGCUUUGCUGCCCACCAGGCACUCCACCGGGAGACCAUCCCCGCCAAGAUCAUCCCCUCCACCCUCAGCGACCUCCGCACCUACCUCGGCUCCUCCACGCCCCACCUGCGCUAGCCCAGCGCCCCGAGGACGCCCAGCUGCCCCCUCUAUCCCUGUUGGUUCCGACCCGUGAGCCCCUGGCUAAACCGGGGCACGGCUCAACCGGGAAUAGCCGAACCGGGAUGGAACGGGCUUAACCGGGGCAUGGCUCAAGCGGGAAUGGCUGAACCGGAGCACAAUGGAACUGGGACGAGUCGCAGCUCAUUCGGGGCACAGCUGAACCGGGAAGGGGUGCAGACGAACUGGGACACAACAGAAUCAGGACUUGGGGAAGAGACACAGCCGACCCGGCAUGAUCAGUCCCCAGCCCUCCCUCAGCGACUCUGGGCUCACCUGUCGUCCCAGUCUCCGUGGGGGACAUCUCCAAAAUCCUGUGGCGGGGACACCCACUGCUGCCCCUGGAAUAAAGAUGAUCAAAACCCCUGCA